UUAUAUAUGUACGUAUUUCUUAUUCUUUCUUCCACACUCCCACAACAAGCCAUAUCAAUCUUGUUGCAUUCCUUUGCCUUGAUCAACACAUCCCCCACAAUUAUUUUUCUUCUUGGAGGUUUAACUAGUCCAACUUCCUGUUGACUAUUCUUCUUCUACUUCAAUCUUGAACUCUCUUAUUAUUUUUUAAGAAGCUUAGUCUAGUUUAAGAGAGUAGAAAAUGGCAAAUGAAAGUAUAGAAAUGGAAAAAGAGAGGCUAACAGCUGAGAUGGAUUUCAAAGAUUCAUCCUCAGUUGUUAUAAAAAUCAGGCGAAAAUUGCCGGAUUUUUUACAAUCUGUAAAGCUCAAAUAUGUUAAACUUGGCUAUGGUUAUUCAUGUAACCCUGUCACUCUUCUUCUUCUGGCUACAAUUUUGCCUGUGGUUACCCUCACUCUUUUUCAGUUCACCGGUUUAAAGUUUGACCGGUUUUAUGAUAUAUGGACAAGUGAUCCAACUUUAUUCGUUGACACUUCAACCGGUCUUACUGGUUUAAUAGUGCUGUUUUUCUUGUUAGGGCUUUACUAUGUCAAGAAACCUAGACAGGUUUACUUGGUCGAUUUUGCUUGUUACAAAGCCGAAGAUGAACGAAAAAUGUCCAUUGAUUCGUUCUUGAAGAUGACGGAAGGAAAUGGUGCGUUUGAAGACGAGACUAUUGAAUUUCAGAAAAGAAUAGCUCAACGUUCUGGCUUAGGUGACGAGACCUAUUUUCCUAGAGGGAUCACAUCCACCCCACCAAACCUGAGCAUGAAAGAGGCACGUGCGGAGGCCGAGGCGGUCAUGUUUGGUGCAUUAGAUUCACUUUUCAAGAAAACCAAAGUCAAGCUAGAGGAAAUUGGAAUUCUCAUUGUGAAUUGUAGCUUGUUUAAUCCAACCCCAUCUCUCUCUUCAAUGAUUGUCAACCACUACAAGCUCAAAACUGACAUCAAGAGUUAUAAUUUGGGUGGUAUGGGCUGUAGUGCUGGCCUAAUUUCAAUUGACUUAGCCAAGCAUCUAUUAAAAGCAAACCCGAAUUCAUAUGCAGUGGUAGUUAGCAUGGAGAACAUCACAUUAAAUUGGUACUUUGGAAAUGAUAGGUCAAUGUUGCUAUGCAAUUGCAUAUUCCGUAUGGGAGGAGCAGCCAUGCUGUUGUCUAACAAGUCGAAAGACCGAACCCGGUCCAAGUACCAGCUCGUCCACACGGUUAGAACCCAUAAAGGAGCAGAUGACAAUAGCUACAAUUGUGUGUACCAAAGAGAAGAUGACAAGGGAAUUAUAGGGGUGUCACUCGCUCGUGAACUUAUGGCUGUAGCCGGGGAUGCUCUAAAAACGAACAUCACCACGCUAGGACCAUUGGUGUUACCGCUUACGGAACAAUUCAGGUUCUUCGUGACACUGGUCAAGAGGAAAGUGUUGAAAGCCAAGGUGAAACCCUACAUACCCGAUUUCAAGCUGGCGUUCGAGCAUUUCUGUAUACACGCCGGAGGGAGGGCAGUGUUAGAUGAACUGCAAAACAACUUAAACCUAAGUGACUGGCACAUGGAGCCGUCAAGAAUGACACUGCACAGGUUCGGGAACACUUCGAGCAGCUCGUUAUGGUACGAAUUAGCCUACACAGAAUCAAAAGGAAGGGUGAACGAAGGAGAUAGAGUCUGGCAAAUAGCAUUUGGUUCAGGUUUCAAAUGUAACAGUGCAGUGUGGAAAUCACUAAGGGCUAUUGAUAGUAAUGAAGUGAAUGCAAAUGGGAACCCUUGGGCUGAUUGCAUUCAACGUUACCCUGUGAAAGUUGCCCAUGCCAAGUCAUAGAGGCCUAGACAAUACUUCCUGCGUCUAAAUUAUGUUACCACUGUUCGGAUUUUAAGAGUCAAAUGGGUUUUUCUUUUACCACAAGUUAUUCAUAUGUCUUUUCAAUAUUUCAAAUUGCCAAGUAUUGUGACUUAUAGUACUUUUUAUGUUCUUUACAACUAUGUAAAUUUUAUUUCAAAAAUUUAAAGAUUCUACUUCCUAAUCCACAUUCAAAAUUAAAAUGUUUGAGUCUCAAGUUCAAACAUUGACACGUAAAUUGUGACGGAGGAAGUAAUACAAUAUUUGGUUAAUUAGUGAAAAAUUACACUCA